AUGCACGGUCCUAGGUUGGAAGAUCUACUUCCCAUGCAUAAGGAUUUGACUAUAUUUAAAAGCCUACGAGGAUACGUCACAAUAUUUGCUCCAACCAACCUCGCUUUCUUUAAUUACAAGCUUGCAAUCAAAAACUUGGAAGAAGACCAAAUUCAGCUCGUCGAUGAUACAAUGAGACGAUUAAGAUUUCAAUAA